AUGAAACAUUUUCAAAAUAUUUUGUAUGCAGAUACAGUAAAACUUGCUGAAUAUAAUUUUAAUAGUGCCAUAAACAGUUCAGAAUAUCCAAAAUGGACUAAAUACAUUACAGACCAAUUUGAUGGUCGUCAAAAAUGGUGUUUGGCUUGGAGGAAUGAGUCUAAUAGAGCUCAUCAUACAAACAAUUACUCUGAGAUUACAGUACGCAUAUUUAAGGAUACAGUACUCUCAAGAGUUAAAGCCUAUAAUGUUAUUGCAUUAUUAGAUUUCACUUGCACUGUGUUGGAAGAACAUUACGGUAGGCGACUAAUGACAUUUGCCAAUUGUAGAAAUCCAAAAAAUAGAGAAGCAAGAAUUUUCUUGGACACAUUAAUUAAGAAGGCAAAUUAUGUGAAAAAAAAUCAAAUUAUUCAUAGCGCACAAAAUAUUAUAUUGUUCCAAGUGAAAAAAUCCUUAAGUACUUAUGAUGUUAAUUUAGAAGCUGGUUGUUGUUCAUGUUCAAUUGGGAAGUAUGGUAAAUUUUGCAAACAUCAAUGUGCAGUAUAUAUACAUUAUGAUGAAAUGUCAAACAAUUUCCCUCCUGUUACUCCUCAAGAUAGACAUGAAAUUGCUAUGCUAGCAUCAGGAGAUAAAUCUCUAAAAAUUGAUUUUUUUCAACCAUUUUAUGUAGAGAACUAUAAUAUUGCUCAGACUGUAGUGAUCCCUGAUGAUGAAAGAAUAUAA